AUAUCAGAAUUAUUGGUCUGCUCUCCAGGGUAAGCGUCUUGGCAAGUCCGAACUUCGGUGUCGGGCAUAAAAGCUCGGUAAUUAGACUUAGUAGACUACCAUCUGUCUCUUGUGUGCUCUUUCGGACCGAAGAAACCUCGGGGAUAGUGUUCGGCAUUUGGUGCUCCUCACUCAUAUACAAAGACAUUACAUACAAAUCCGCUGUUACCAUUGCAUAGCCCGACAUCGAAUGUCGACCGCGAUGCGGCAAAGAGAAUCUUCGGAUGUAUCUUCGACUGGAAGUCCUCCGGCUCCCAAACGCCGUAGAAGGCGACCCGCUCGGUCUUGUGAGCAAUGCCGGCGCCGCAAGAUUCGGUGUAGUCUGGGCCAACCUUGUAACGGUUGUGUUCGGGCUCGGGCACCGAUGCAAUGCUCUUAUCGUGAUGGGAGCCCUGUUGCAGUAUCUCGGAGCUCUGAAGCUUGCACCUCGGUGCCGGCUGAGGCACGCACUGAAAGAGAGGGAGCUGUUACGACAGCACGGAGAAAUCCAGAAGCACAUCACCGCAACCCAGUAAACCGAUCAAUACAACCUGAAAACAGUGAUCGGAUUGUGUCAAACUCACAUAGCUGUCUUUCUAACACUAUCCCAGCCCCUCAAACAUCAAUCUCAAUCCCUCCUUUUACACCUAGGCUGCGUCAUGUACCUGAAAAGACGAAACUAUUUGGUCAAACACAUUGGCUUCAUACUGCAGAGAAGUUUCCCGUUUCAGGCACUUUCCACCCGGUCGAGAUUGAGCCAUCCUGGGAGGAUGCUAAGUCCGACUUCUACGACGCUUUGAAAGAGGCUCGUAUCCUGCGUUUUGGUCUCAAGAAACAGAACUUCCCAACACUAGACCAGCCCAUCCAUGACCUUCGUGAGACCUUGCCCUCCCAAACGGUCUGUGAUGAACUCAUUGCUUGUUAUCUCCGCACAUUCGAGCCCUUGUAUCGUAUCGUCCAUAUCCCCUCUUUCCAGAGGGAAUACGACCGGUUAUGGGCAAGCAAGGAAACACAAUCUGUCCCGGCUAUAUCUCUCGUCAGAUUGACAUUGAUUCUUGCCCUUGGGACUACCUUUGCCAAGUUUGACACGGAGGAGGAGAUGAACCAGUUGUGGCGACUUGCACAGACAUGGGUUCAGAAUGCGCAGUGGUGGCUCACAGGCCCAAAUGAAAAGACCACUUAUAAUCUCGAUGGUCUGCAGAUAUUCUGCCUGCUGAUAAUCGCUCGUCAAUCAACUUUCAACUGUCGCGGAGCAACAUCAUGGCUGUCCUCGGGCUCGCUACUGCGUGCCGCUAUCACCAUGGGCCUUCACCGCGACCCCAAGCUAUUUGUUGGCUUGUCACUCUUCCAAAGGGAGUUUCGAGCUCGACUAUGGGCCACUGUGCUGGAGUUGGCUGUCCAGUCAUGCCUGGAUCUCGGCUUGCCACUGCAGCUUUCAGAACAAGACUUUGAUGCUUCCAUUCCAUCCAACUACGAUGACUCGGAUCUAGAGUCAACUUCUUCAAGGGCAGCGAAACCAAUGGACAAAUUUACAGACUCGUACCUGCAAAUAAUGCUGGCUAAAUCUCUACCUCUAAGAGUUGAAGUCAUAGGCCUACUAAACGACUUUCGACAAGAGAAAACAUAUGAAAAAGCACUGGCGUUAGGAUCACAGCUGCGUACGGCGUGCCGAGAUGUGGCGGCUUUCUUCCAUUCAACUCAACAUGAUCCAGUGAAUACAAGAAAGGGAUCGAGCAUUGAGGCGAAUGAGUUCCAUCGCAAACUUCUCGACAUACAUCUACGCCGAUUCGUUAUGUUUCUUCACCGCGACUUCAUGCUCCAAGCAAGGUCCGAUCCACGAUUCUACCUUUCUCGCAAGGUGUGUGUCGAGUCUGCUCUGGUCAUCGCUUCUGGGAGUAAAGGCGCCGACUUCAACUUGCCGAUUCAGGUAUGGGAUGACUUGUCUCGCUUGUCUUUCGUUGGACGUGGUCUUUUCAAGUGUGCAUUGAGUUUUGAUGCUAUGCUCAUCCUGGCCCUCGAGAUCAUUACUGAACUUCAAGACGAGUCGACACCAACACACGAGCCUGACAUUCUCAGCGAAAUGGCAAAAGCAACUCGUGCUCCCAUGAUCAAGACCCUCGAAGAAAUAUAUGUGCAACUUCGCUGCAUGAUCGUACGAGGCAAUCUCAGCCUCAAGAGACUUCUCUUCUCGAAUGCUCACCUCGCACAUAUUCGAGCACUGGAAGCGGGCCGGCCUGUGAAGCCAGCGGUGCACGAGACUAUAACAUCAACGCUUCGCGACUGUGUGGCAAUGCUGCGAGACAUCCAAGCAGUUACAACACCUCAGGAAUCAGCAAUAACCUCGGACAGCUUAAGUAGCGACUUUCUUAGUACGGAUAUUUUCUCAAAUAACAACCUUAUGGAGUGGGACAUAUCCGACCUUCUCGGGUUCCCAACUGUUAGUAAAGACGGCCAAUCCCAGUGGCCAGUUAUGGACUAAUAAUAGGAUCGACAUAUCACA